CCACACAAAAUCACACCUCUCUCUCUCUCUCUCUCUCUCUCUCUCUCUCUCUCUCACAGCUGUACUCUAAUGGGGGCUCACCGUUUCGAUCCAAUCUCGAAAUGCAGCUCUGAAGGAAGGUCGAACCAGACGGUAGCUGCUGAUCUAGAUGGGACCCUACUCCUAUCCCGCAGCGCAUUCCCUUACUUCAUGCUCAUCGCCCUCGAAUGCGGCAGCAUCCUCCGAGGAAUUCUUCUCCUGGCGUCGGUCCCAGUCGUCUAUAUUAUCUACAUCUUCUUCUCCGAAUCGCUUGCUAUCAAGAUGUUCAUGUUCAUCUCAUUCGCAGGAUUGAAGGUGAGAGACAUCGAGAUCGCAUCACGGUCUGUCCUCCCAAAAUUCUAUGCCGAGGACGUCCACCCAGAUAGCUGGAGAGUGUUCAGCUCUUUCGGCAAGCGGUAUAUUGUUACUGCAAACCCUAGAAUUAUGGUGGAGCCCUUUGUUAAAAGCUAUCUUGGGGCUGAUAAGGUCCUCGGGACCGAGCUUGAGGUCUCGAAAUCUGGUAGGGCAACUGGGUUUGUUAUGAAGCCUGGUGUCCUUGUCGGAGAGCUCAAGAAAGAGGCUGUAGAGCGUGAAUUCGGCGAGAACAUGCCGGAUUUAGGGAUGGGUGAUAGAGAGACUGAUUUUCAGUUCAUGUCUAUAUGCAAGGAGGGUUUCAUAGUGCCAAAAACGAAAUGCGAACCCGUCCCAAGAAACAAGCUCUUGAGCCCGAUCGUUCUCCAUGAUGGCCGAUUAGUCCAAAGGCCCACCCCAAUAAUCGCCCUUCUCACCUUCCUAUGGAUGCCGAUUGGUUUCAUUCUCUCUCUCCUCAGGGUCUAUCUCAACGUCCCACUACCAGAACGAAUCGUCCGACACAUGUACAAAAUCCUCGGCAUCAAGCUCAUCGUCAAAGGCAAUCCUCCCCCAGCUCCUCGUCGUGGACAAAGUGGGGUCCUCUUUGUUUGCAACCAUCGAACCGUUCUUGAUCCAGUGAUCACAGCCGUCGCUUUGGGUCGCAAGAUUAGCUGUGUUACUUACAGCAUAAGCAAGUUUUCUGAGCUGAUCUCGCCAAUCAAGGCCGUGGCAUUGACACGUGAGCGUGAGAAGGACGCGGCAAACAUCAAACGGUUGUUACAAGAAGGUGAUCUGGUGAUCUGUCCUGAGGGGACUACCUGUCGUGAACCGUUCCUUUUGCGAUUCAGUGCACUCUUCGCCGAACUGACGGACCAGAUCGUCCCGGUAGCAAUCAAAAACAAACAAAGCAUGUUCCAUGGUACGACGGUCCGUGGGUGGAAGCUCAUGGACCCGUAUUUCUUCUUCAUGAAUCCAAUGCCCACGUAUGAGAUAACAUUCCUGAGCCAGCUGCCGACCGAGCUAACAUGCACCGGGGGGAAGUCAGCGAUUGAAGUGGCCAACUAUAUCCAACGGGUCCUGGCUGGGACACUCGGGUUUGAGUGUACCAGUUUCACUAGGAAGGACAAGUACGGAAUGCUGGCUGGGACUGAUGGUCGGAUCCCUUCCAUGAAAGAGACAGAGAAAGAGAAGGAGAAGGCUUAAGAAGAGAAAUUGCCUGUUUUUAUUUAUGUUGUUUGUUUACGUUUGGAAACAUCAUGAUAAUAAUCUGUCUAUCUAUAUAUAUUUCAAUAUAUAUAAAUAGAUUUUAUGUGAAUGCUUUUUGUUAGUGGAUAUCAGGUACCCGAACCCGGUGAGUCAUAACGGUGGUGUUUAGGGGUUGGGUUAGGUGGUUGGUGGUCCAUUGAAUGGAAUUGAAUGUUGUGAUGAACGGUUGAGGGGGGGACAUGUCACAGCGGUUAAAGGUUUGUGAUGUGGUCGAGUCAUGGAUUUCACGAGGAUUUGCAAUUUAAGAUGCAUGUUUGUUCUUUAAA